UUUGACAGUUUCACGUCAGAUCAGCGAAGUUUUUGGCUCGGCCACAGGAAAAUCGUCCAACUUACGCCUAAAACCGGAUUUUCGGUUAGAUUUACCGGGAUUUAGCACAAGUUUUCCGCAUACUUAUUCCUGGCAUCAUGAGAAUUCCACUGGGACCGAAACAAGCCGAACAGGCCACUAAAUGGAUCUCUUCCGCUGCCGGAUUCGGGGGAGCCGCUGCCUUGUUCGGAUUGUACCUGACCGACUGGAAGGUGAUUGUCCCAUAUAUCCCAUUCUACGGUAGCAAGUUCAGCGACGAUAAGUAGAUCAAGCCUUUGAAACGACUAGAGAGGGCGUUCUUUUCUGUUCACUUCGAGUAAUGUAACUAAAACCCGUUCAAAGCUGGGAGUAUGAGAAUUAAAAAAUAAUCUACCAGCAAAA